AUGUCGCCCCCCCGGUGCGGUUUUCUGUCCCAGUAUACCCACCACCACCUGGUUGCCUUCCUCCUCACCUUCUUUAGCUACGUGCUCUUGCACUCCUCACGGAAGACUUUCAGCAAUGUGAAAGUGAGCAUCUCAGCACAGUGGACUCCCUCUGUGCUAAAUGACAGUUCUCCUGCUUUUUCUCCUGGAGAGACAUGGGAAGAGAACAGACUGUUUGAGAACACAGGGAAUGCCACUCUGUUUCUGGGGCUGCUGGACACCAUCUUCCUCUUCUCAUAUGCGGUGGGCUUAUACAUCAGUGGGGUCAUUGGUGAUCGACUGAACCUUCGCUAUGUCCUCUCCUUUGGGUUGUGUGGCUCUGCUGUAGUAGAGUUUGUUUUCGGUACUCUAACAGAGUGGCUGCACUUCUAUAACGUGUAUUUCUAUUGCUGUCUGUGGGUACUGAAUGGCUUGCUGCAGUCAUCAGUUUGGCCCUGUGUGGUGGCAGUCAUGGGAAACUGGUUUGGCAAAUCUGGGAGAGGCUUUGUGUUUGGUCUGUGGAGCGCUUGUGCGUCCGUUGGGAAUAUCCUGGGAGCAUUCCUGGCCUCAAGCGUUCUGAAGUAUGGCUAUGAGUAUGCCUUCUUGGUGACGUCCACAGUGCAGUUUGCUGGUGGAGUGGUGGUGUUUUUUGGUCUUCUCACCUCUCCUAAGGAAGUAGGGUUAUGUUUAGACUCUGAAACAGGCCUGAGAAGGGUGGAAAGGGACACAGACAGUCACCGGCCUCUCAUAAGUGAUGAAGAGGAUGAUGAUGAAGAUGAUACUGAAAACGAUGGUGGCUACUAUUCCAUUCAGCAGCAGGAUCAGGAUCUGGACCCUCCACCCAAAGCCAUCGGGUUCAUCCAGGCUUUCUGCCUACCUGGAGUUAUUCCAUACUCUCUGGCCUAUGCUUGUCUGAAGCUGGUGAACUACUCGUUCUUCUUCUGGCUUCCCUUUUAUCUCAGCAGUAACUUUCACUGGAAGGAGGCAGAAUCUGAUCGUCUGUCUGUGUGGUACGAUGUGGGCGGGAUUAUAGGGGGGACAGUACAAGGUCUUAUUUCAGAUGUCCUGGGGAAGAGGGCUCCAGUGUUGGCUGUCAGUCUGUUAUUGGCUGUGGGAGCCUUAGUGGGAUAUAGCCAUUCCCCAAAUGACAAGAUUGUUAAUGGAGCACUUUUGGCCAUCACAGGAUUCUUCAUCGGUGGGCCCUCCAACAUGAUCAGCUCAGCCAUCUCUGCAGACCUGGGCAGACAGGAGGCUCUGCGGGGCAGUCAGGAGGCUCUGGCCACCGUCACAGGCAUAGUGGAUGGCACAGGGAGCAUCGGAGCUGCUGGAGGACAGUACCUCGUGUCUCUCAUAGAGAACAAACUGGGAUGGAUGUGGGUGUUCUAUUUCUUCAUCAGCAUGACUCUGGGCAGCUUAGCCUUCAUCAUGCCGCUCAUUGUGAGUGAACUUCGUGCCGUGUGUAGCAGCAGACAAACACGCGCGCGCCAGCUGUGAGGACACAAACACUGGUCCUUGGCGUCAGCUGUGGUCUUAAUGUGCUCUUUGUUAUAACAGUAAGCUCUUAAAGGAUGUUUUACAAAAUUGGUACGACCCCACAGGUGAAAUGCCAUCGUGGAAUCUCCUUAUGAGUCUGUAUAUGUACAUAAUGACAUGACACUUCUGUUUCAUUGAUGAUUUUUAUUUUGUUUUGUUUUGCUUAAAAAAAAAAACUGACUCCUGAGUUAGAGGGCAGGACCCUCUCGUCAUGAUUGUGGUCUUUUUAAGGGAUGGAAAACUCUAAUGUAUUGUUCAUCAUUCCAGUCCUCAACUGUGUAGCUGAGCCUGGCAGACAGCUAUAGGUUGUAUUCACAUUAGUGUUAGGUAUGGUUUUACUGUUGGUUUUCAGUUUGUCAGCGUCUAGAUAUCAUCAUCAUCAACAUCUUUUUAUUUGAUUUCGUUGUGAGCAGUAAGGAAUCCAAAAUAGGGUGCUGAUUCAAAAUCAUGUUUUUACUUCUUUGUCGGAGAAAGUAUUUCUACAAAUGCAUGCCUUUAAAAUCUUAACACUACUAUGUCUUAGUAUGAAAUAUUUAUGUUUUUAACUGACUGGAGAGUGUGAUAGGUGGGCAUUAUUGAAAGGGUUCUGGAUAAUUCUUUCAAUGACAUGCUAACAUGCUUGAACUGAAAUCAUGCUCAGGUUUAUCAGAGUGUGAGACCUUAACGGUACAGUGUGGUAACUCCUGCAUUACUGCAACAAUUUCUGCUGCUAAGAUCCAGUUUGGUCUCUUUGAUUUAACAAGAAUGUGCUUCUCUGUUUUUAAUGCAUUAAAAUUAUGGGUUAUUUUGUUCUUAUCUGUAUAAACAGUAGUUAACUUCCAUACUUCAGUUGUCAGUGUUGAUUUCUCUACCAAUAAAAGACACUUGAUUUUUUUUUU